CAGGGACGUUGCGUGCGUUUGGCUGGCGGGUUGUGAAGCUGAACGAUGCGGUGUCGCAGCGUGCACACCUCUCCGGGGCGGUAGCCGCUCGGCAUGGGCAGCGCGACGCUGUCCCUCCUGCUGCUCCCCACCCGCCUCUGUCUGGGGCUGCUGUCCGUGCUUUACUGGGUCCUGGUGUACGGGACGGCCGUGAUCACCGCGUGCAUGCUGCUGGCCCGGGUCGCGUGCAGAGGACUGAGGGACCCGCGCGGAACCUGCCGGUGGACCGUGCGCACGAGCGUGCCCGCGUGCCUGCGGGACCCCACUCUGGGCACGCACGGGUACUUGCGGUGCAGGAGUUCAGGUCUGCGUUUGCACUAUGUGUCAAAGGGAGACAGCAGGAAACCCCUCAUGCUAUUGCUUCAUGGCUUCCCAGAGAACUGGUUCUCCUGGCGGUACCAGCUGAGGGAGUUUAGUGUGCAGUUCCACACGGUGGCGUUGGACCUGCGGGGCUGUGGGGACUCUGCUGCCCCCUCCAGGCUGGAGGAAUACACUCUGGAAAAGCUACUUGAUGACAUCAGAGACACCAUCAGUGGCCUAGGGCACACCAGCUGUGUGUUGGUGGGGCAUGACUGGGGCGGGAUGCUGGCCUGGCACUUUGCUCUGGAGAGGCCAGACAUGGUGCAGAGCCUGGUGAUCAUGAACGCCCCGCACCCGGCCUCAUGGCUCGAUGCAGUGUUAAGACAGCCCUCUCAGCUCCUGCGCUCUGGCCAUGUCUGCUUCUUCCAGCUCCCUCUGCUGCCCGAGAUCGCCCUCUCCAUGGAGGACUUCAAGCUGGUGCGCAGUCUCCUGUGUGGUAAGCGUUUGGGCAUUAGGAGCAAGGCUCGUCAGCUGUCGGAGGCGGAGUUGGAAGGGUACCUGUACUACCUGUCCCAACCAGGGGGUCUGACUGCACCCCUCAACUACUACCGCACUCUCCUCAGUUACACCCUGUACAGACAUCAGGAUGUGGGCGUGCCCUCUAUGCUGAUUUGGGCGGAGGCGGACAGCGUGUUGGUGGAGGGGAUGUCGGACGGGGCGCGGCCGUACUCGCGGGGUGCAGCGGCAGUGCACAGGAUUCCGGGGUGCAGUCACUGGGUGCAGCAGGACCAGCCGGAGACCGUCAACCUGCUUCUGUGGGACUUCCUCCUGCAGAGGGUGCGGCUGCAGUACCAAGCCCCGCCACCAGGAGGAGCACCAUGAGAGUGUGCUGUGCGGUGGGAGACUGGGGCCGGUCUCACUGGGUCUACAGAGAAAUACUACAUCUGACGACCUUGGCAAUUGGUGGGCUGGUCUAUAUACUAGAGGUUACUCUAA